AACAAAUUAUUUACAAAUCGCAAUACCACAAUACAAAGAAAAGAAAUUCAAAAAUUCUAACAAUAAACAGGUGUAUAGUGAUAACUAAUCAAUUGGCUUUGAAUAACAACCAGUGCUUAACAUUAACAAGUUUCAUAAAAUGUGAAAAUCAUAAAAAAUAUCAAGUAUUUCUACCUGUAAUGUUUCGACUUUAAAAAGCUAAAAUGAAUCCAUAUAAAGAUAUGGAAGAAAGUUCCUACACAGCAUCUCCACGCCUGGCCUAUGAGGACAUAGCAACAAAACUCCUAAAGGAUAAUUUUUUCCUAACUGCCUUGGAGCUUCAUACAGAGCUAGUGGAAAAUGGCAAGGAACUACCCCAACUGCGUGAAUUCUUUUCAAAUCCUGGAAAUUUUGAACAACAUGUUACAAGAGCCACGGAUUUCACCUCUAUGCACCGAACACCGAGCCAAGCCACAUUAGACUCACUAGACACAGCAAGAUAUUCUGAAGAUGGUGGCGGAGACAGGGCAGGCAGCGGGAAUGAUGUUGCUGUUCUUGAAUUUGAACUACGCAAGGCUCGGGAAACUAUUAAUGCUUUAAGAGCCAAUCUUACACAAUUUGCAGAUGGAGAUUCAGCGCUUGAUAAAAAUUCUAAAGAAAAUUUUAAUCAAAGAUCUUUAAAACCACACGAGAAAAGAGCUCUCAACUUUUUAAUAAAUGAAUAUCUCUUGCUUCAAAAUUACAAACUGACUAGUAUCACAUUCUCUGAUGAAAAUCCUGACCAGGAAUUUGAAGAUUGGGAUGACGUCGGCUUAAAUAUGCCUCGACCAGCCAAUCUUAUAUCUCUAUUUUGGGGAAGCACAACCAAUCUGAACGUACCAAAGGCUGAUGCGUCUACUGGGACAGAUUUGUUUCGAACAGACAUGGAGUGCCAGACUGAUAUCGACGAUAGCAAUGUGUGUGUGAGUUGUCAGACAUUAGACCAUGACAGUGAAUGGAAUCAUGAGCUUUUAAUUCAAGCCGAAGAGAUAGAAUUAUUGAAACAGAAAAUAAUAGCAUUGGAGACAGAAAAAUUGAAUUUUCAAAAGCUCUACGACGCGGCUAUAGUAAGCUUGAACUCUUUAACGAGUCCUACCUCCGAAAACAAAGGUCUCGAAUUACAAAUACCAACUGACAAGUCGCUUGAUACACAGUCAAGAGUGGAGCAAGAGAAUGAAAACAAACCUUUACCUUGUACUGCCUCGGAAAAUCAUUAUGGAAGUGGUAAUUCGACCCUUAGCGCAACACCUGAGCAGUUUGAAAUGAUAUAUAGCGAUAAGAAUAGCAGCAUGGUAAAGAAAGAAGGUUCAAACACCAGUUCCUUCGAGCCCGGGCUCCUCACUGACAGCGUGCGCGGGUCGCCUCUAAGGCGGGGCAGUGUUACGACGCUGGACGAGACGCUCAGCAUGAACGACGCGGGCGAGUGGACGCGCGUCCAGUACGAGUACACCGUCGAGAAUAGCAAAGAGAUGUGGAUUGACAGUGCCCUGCCAAACAAUUUAAAGGAAUCAAUACUAGCUUGGUGCUAUGAGACCUUAGAUCUGAGCGAACCUCUGGCAAACGAUCUCUUAUCCGAAUUGGUGAAUAGUGAAAAACCUAUCACUUUGCCGGGAUUACUUCCACUUGUUGCUGAUACUUUACCGAGGGUUCUGCCCCACACCUUAGUUGCUAGACGAAGCGAGGCAGCUGCAUUGUUGGCCGCCGCGGCCGCUUUGCUGCCUCCUGGAGACCCGCGGCGGUCAAGGUUACUUCACUCCUUACUCACCCUGUAUAAGAAACCGGAUCCGCCGGACGCUAAAGCCAUAUGUGAAGCAACAUGUCUAGUAGUCAAAUGGGGUGGCAGCGGCGAAGUAUUAUCCUCAAUCGCCGAACUCCUAGCCUCAAGAUCGUCCGAACGUCGGGUCUUAGCGAGCCAAAUAUGUCUCUCUAUUGCACCAUACGUCCCUAUAGAACUUUGCACUUCGUUAUUACUAAGUCUAGUAGUACUAAUGUGCGAAUCAAGCGAACCAGAGAUUAGAAGUAUUGGCCUCAAAUCCGCGUGUCUGAUUUGCCCGGUCGCCGAACACAAAUACGGUCAGCUGGAAAACAUCAUGUUCAAUUUUCUAAAGGACCCGAUUGAUAGGAAUGUUAAGGAUACUGUGAACGUUUUCGUUCCGGUGUUGGCGAGAAGUGCUUUAAUAGCCGGAAAGUUUUCCACGGAACUCUGCAGCAGAAUAAUGUCAAACCUGGACAAAUCGUGCGCGGACAACGAAUGGAAAACUGUUAUACUAUAUUUAGAUGUUAUGCGAGCGUUAGUUUUAGCUGAAUUGGCUUACGUCAUGAAUGUACAAAUAGUUAAGGAAGCAAACCUGAGUAACUGUGAUAUGGAAACGAUUAACCUGCAAGAUGUGCCGUUGAGUGAGAAGUUUAUAGAUUUACAAUGUUACGUGACUGCAGAUGAUCUGGACGCUAAAGUAUUGUUAGGAGUUAUGAAUAGUUUAAUUAAAGAGACGCCUGAAGUUAGAUGGACGGAGCUGGAUUGGUUUAUAAAUAUAAUAAAGCAAAUACUCGACAUUGCGACGAAAAGCAAAGCAUUGAAUCACCAUGUGAUAUACGAAUCGCUUAUAACCUUAUUUAACAGUUACGUGGACAACUUUGGAGUUGAUUUCACGUCGAUAAUACUCAAUCCGAUUUUCACUAAUAUUAUUACGGAGUUGGAGAAUAAAUUGGAGAAGUUGCACGCGGUGAAUGUGGACAGUGUUGUGAUUGUUGGUAUUUAUUUAGUCUCGAUUUUAAUUCCAAUUGAGGAGGAUGGCCAGCGAGCAGAAUUCCUGCAAAAAUGGGUUAUGUACAGUAGCAUUAGAGGUCUCCCAGUGAAAAUAUUCUCGGUACCUUUCAAAUGGCUCGCGAAACACAAACCAGAUAUUCUCUACAUAUUCCUGCAGCAUCUACGAGAAUUCUGCGCCAGUAGUUGCGACAGUGCAAGCGGCAGUACUAUCCGGGUAUACAUUGCCGCUCUCAUCAGCGAACUGCUGAACUUAACCGACGUGGACGAGCAGUGUAUCGAGAAGCAGCUGCUACCGGCCGCGGUCGCGCUACUGUACGACAGUGACGUUACGGUCCGAGAAGCAGCAAUCACGACUUGGGGAAGCAUAACCAGGACGAGCAUAGCUCGCCAUUUGACUUGCGAGGACCAAUGCUGGCCGCCCUUCGAGAACAUUCUUAACACGGGUGCUAUAUCGGGAAGGGAAGGCGCGCGGGCUGCGGAGGCUUUAGCGCUACUGGUGUUACCUACUGUGGACAGCCACGCCGUGUCCGAGAGAGCGGUGUCGCUGCUAUGCGCGCUAUGCCACGUGAGUGCGGCGGCGGAGUGCGUGUGCGCGUUGGCGCCCGCCUUGCAACUGGCCGCGCACCACUGCGCGCAUCACCCGGCGUUACUUCCUGCACUUAGGAAAUUAGAGGAGACAGUCCAAUCGCCGUCUCUAGCUCAAUAUAAACCAGCCAUCGAAGCCCUGCUCCACGUGGCGGGCUCCACCGAAGCGCCCGCGAGGGGACGCGACCCCUCCCCGCGACCCCCCACCAACCUCCAAGCGGCGCAAGAGGUCGGCCGCAGGGUCACGCAGAUGUUCCAACAAUCCAAGACCAAUAUGAACCUGCAAAGCAUCUUCAAGAAGAAAACGUAGCAGACGGAAGGUAUCACUGCAGCCGAGGUAUUGAUUUGAAGGAGUAAAAGGACGUUUGGAAUUGGUUUUAGAGUUUGACAAUAGAAAGGACAACAUGCCGUUUAUAUUAUGUACUUUGAUCGUGCCAAAAUGGAAACACGACGCUUAGCUCCGCUCAUCGACCAUAUAAAAAAUAUUUAUCUGACAGCAAAAUGACACUUCGCGACUAAUAUAAAACUUAAAAACUACACAGUAAGGCCUCAUUUACACUAGAGUUUUUUAACAUCCGUUUAAAAAGCGCCCAAAUAGAUUUAUUUUCCCUAUUUCCUUUACUUGAUAGGGUUACUACUCUAUCGAGCAAGGGAAAUAGCGAAGGAAUAUAUCCCUUGCACUCUUUUUGACAGUUGAUAAUAAUAAUUAGUCGCCAUUGAAUCGUGCGUUUUGAAUGAAGAUGACUGGUCGCGACCGCCUUGCAACUGUCACACUAAACGAAUAUUCGUCAAGAUCAACCCAUCGCCGGCUCUGAGCACGGGUCUCAUCUCAGAAUGAGAAGGGUUGCUGGCCAAUUGCGGAUUGACAGAUUUCACUUUCCUUUGAGAAAAUUAUGGAAAACUUUCAAGCGUGCAGGUUUUCUCACGAUGUUUUCCUUCACAGUUCAAGCAAGUUCUAUUUAAUGCUUUAAACACACAUCUAAAAGUUAAAGGUGCGUUGCCCGAAAUCAAAUCCCCGACCCCGCGUAUAGGAAGCCGACAUCUUAACCACUUGGCUAUCACUGCUCUAUUACGAAUCUUCUAUAAUCGAAUAUUGCGCUGCAUAACGUAACAUAACGUAAUGCAUACAAAGUUUUUUUGAAUUGGAAAUGGAAAUGUUUAAAAAUGAUAUCGGCUGUAUGUGGUUGUAAUAAAUGUACUUACAAUAACAAUAUUAAUGUAACGAAUUUUUAUUGCGCAUAAAACCUUUACAUUUUUUUUUAAUCCAAGCGUUUUUCAAUCUUUGUUGAUAACUAAGUUAUUUGCAUUAAUACAAAUUAAAUACAAGGAUUUUAUUAUUACAUUUUGCAUAACUUUUAUUUAAUUGUUUUAAAUAUCCCUAAACACGCAAU